GGAAACGUUCGGUGACAUAUGCGCUACAUUCUCAACACGUUCUGGAGCGGACGCCAUUUUUGGGAGCGGAUUUGAUUUGUGCUAGGUAGCGGUAGCGGAAAGGAGCGAAAGUUGGACUCGAACCGAGUAGUGUUGUUUAGUGUGUAAAAUGUACGAGUUUGAGUUAGUUGACGAAAACGGAAUGGAAAUUGAAGCGUUCUUGGAGCAUUCUUUAAGGGAAUCCAUCGUUAUGGAAGAAGUAUCUCCCAGAGAAGCUUUGGGGGAAACUUCUGGAAAUCAACGCUUGAAUCCAGGUCAGCCUUUUUCGUGGGAUAAGCAAACCACGCAAUUACUGGUGGAACGGUACAUGCAUCUUAAGGAUGCAUUUAGAGAUCCAAAAAUUAAAAAAAAAAAGCUGUGGGACGAAAUAAAACAAACAUUUACCUCCAAAGGGCAUAAUGUCACGGAAGAGAUUUUGGAUAGAAAAUGGAGAAAUAUGAAAAAAACCUAUACAGGCAUUAAAGAUAACAUACGCAAAACUGGAAGGGGUAGAAUACACUGGGAAUAUUAUAAUCAAUUUGAUGAAAUAUACAGAGACGAUAAAACAGUGAAUUUACCCCGAACACUCUCAUCAGCUCCAGUAUCAGUGAUCCAAAAGGGGCCUGGAAUAAAUCCAGACUCCAUAAAGGAACCUGUUCAAAUAAUAGAGGAACCUCAACCCAGUAUUGCAGCCACUCCUCAAAUUGAAAAGCAGAAAGACAACAUAACACUCACUCCAAAAUCCACAAAAAUGGAUUCCAAGAGUGGAAUGUUUUAUUUGAGGAAGAAGCUGGCUGAAAUUGAGACUGCCCGUGUCAACGAAAUCAAACUUCUUCGGGAAGCACUUGAAAGACACAAUGAAAUUCAAGAACGAAGAAAUGAAAUUUUAGAAAAUUUUUUUAAUUCUUCAAAAAAACAAUAAUGUAUUUUCUAAAUAAAAUAUUUAUAAUAACAUAUUUGCGAUGUUA